AUGGAUAGCAGCUAUGUCCAGGGUCUGCGCGAUCUCCUCGUGCAGUCCACCGCAAACAAUACUCUCCAGCCGAAGGCCGCGACGGCUCAGAUCAACAAGGAGUACUACAAAAACCCGACAUGCAUUACUGUCCUUACGACUAUUCUCACUAUGUCUCUGGAGGCACCUGUUCUGCAACUCGCCUCAGUCGAGCUGAGGAAACGUGUCUACGCCCGUAGCGGCGAUAUGUGGCUACAGGUCAACCAGGCCGACCGCGACGCCAUCAAGGCCAACCUGCCCUCGUUCAUCCUCAACGAGUCUCAGAAACUCGUCCGCCACUCUGCCGCACGAGUCAUUGCCGCGAUCGCCGGUAUCGAGAUGGAACACAACACCUGGCCGACGCCAUUGCCCUGGAUCCCGGAGACCUGCCUGUCCACCGCCGUCGCCCACCGCAAGAUUGGUGUCUUUGUCCUCUUUUCGGUCAUCGAGUCUAUCAUGGACACCUCCACCUCCACUAUUCCUAAAUUCCUGCAGUUGUUCGAAAAGCUUCUUCAGGACCCGGAGAGUAACGACGUCCGUGUGACCGCAGUUAGGGCACUGGGCACAGUCGGCAAGUACAUUUAUUCGGAUGAGAAGACGGAGAUCCGCGCGUUCCAGGCCGUCAUGCCGCAUAUGUUGAAUGUUAUCCAGCAAACUGUGGCACUCGGCGACACCGAAGGCGCGAAGCACGUCUUCGAGACUCUGCUCAUCCUCGAGACGCCCUUAUUGAGCGCCAGCGUCCCGCAGCUCGUUCAAUACCUUCUCCAAACUGGUGCCGACCGCAACGUGGACGAUGAUCUCCGCAUUCAAGCUCUGAACGCGCUUACAUAG